AUGCAUACCAUCAUCACAAGAGCUGCUAGUCAUCCCAGGUUCUUCUCCCUGGGCAAACAGUCGCUCUGUUUGUGGACGAGAAGGCUGGCAACGAUGACACCUCCCAUACGGCCUCGCAAAUUCGCCCCGCUCAAGCCUGAGAAGAAGACCGAGGGUGAUCCGCGGCCUACACUGAAGGGAAUUGUUUUUGACGUGGAUGGAACACUAUGCCUGCCACAGAAUUACAUGUUCGGUGAGAUGCGAUCGGCCCUCGGCAUUGACAAGGGCACGGAUAUCCUGGACCACAUCUACUCCCUGCCGGAUGCUGAACAGAAUGAAGCUCAAGAGAAGGUCCGGGACAUUGAACGUGCUGCUAUGAAGAAGCAGAAGCCGCAAGCUGGCCUGGUCAAACUGAUGGAUUAUCUGGAUUCACGUGGCCUGAAGAAGGGCAUCUGCACGCGCAAUUUCGACGCGCCUGUGGAGCAUCUCCUCAACACAUUCCUGCCAUCGUCGAAGUUCAGUCCCGUCAUCACACGAGAGUUCCGCCCGCCUAAACCAGACCCUGCCGGUAUUUUGCACAUCGCGAAGCAAUGGAUGCACGAGGACGGUGGUGAUAGUCUUAUUAUGGUGGGUGAUUCCAUCGAUGACAUGACCGCUGGCUUCCGUGCCGGUGCAGCUACUGUGUUACUUAUCAACGACGUUAACAAGCACCUUGCUGAGCACCAGCACACGGAUCUCGUGGUGAAGCAGCUCGAUGACCUGAUCGAGAUCCUCGAGAACGGCUUUGAGGGUAGAGUAGAGGCUGACCAAGAGAACGUCGAUGCGAAAGGGUUGGUAGAGGAAGCUGCUGAGAAGAGUUGA